ACCCCUACGGUCAACCUCGCAGGGCUCGGCCCCAAGAUGGUUGGGACAGGUAGGGAAAAUGAGGAACAGGGGACAAUUGGACUUCGUCCAACGACUCGGGAAGGGCCCUCGGCCGGACAAGGGGAGGGAAGGUAUUUUAUAAUAAGGUUUCCUCCCUUCUGUGUUCAUUCACUAUCUCCAAUGAUAGCUUCUGUAAGGCUCUUAUUAUUCGGUUCCGGCUCGAUGUAA